AUGAAAGGUGGCUGCCAGGCUAUAAUUGAUACAAUUCUACCUGAAGUAAUUCCAACUCCAAAAGAAGAAGACUGGCAAUGCAUAGCACAACAGUUGUGGGAUGUCUGGAACUUCCCCAAUUGUAUAGGUGCAAUUGAUGGGAAACAUGUUGCGAUUGUGGCUCCUCCAAACAGUGGAUCCCAGUUUUUUAAUUACAGACAAGCAUAUCCUAUAACUAUUCUUGCACUAGCUGAUGUAAACUAUAAGUUCAUAAUCGUAGACAUUGGGUCUUACAGUAAAAAUAGUGAUUGCAGCAUAUUUGCCCAUUCCAAGUUGGGGAAAGCUUUGGAACUCGGCAAAUUGCAAGUGCCAGAAGAUAAGAGACUUCCUGGUACUGGAGUUGUAGUGCCACAUGUUAUUGUUGGUGAAGAAGCCUUACCAUUAAAACAUUAUUUAUUAAUACUGUAUCCGAAAAAUCAAGCAAGUGGAGAUAUUAGCAUCACUGCUUUUAAUGCCAGGCAGUCCACAGUUCGUCGAGUCUCCGAAAAUGCGUUUGGGCAAUUAGCUCAUAAAUUUAGAAUUUUUUUAAGGAGAAUUAUCGCAAUGCCAGAGAAUGUGGAGAGGAUAGUUAUGACGACAUGUAUUUUGCAUAACUACAUUAAAGAAAAUAUUCCUGCACAACAAGAAGCAGCAAAUGGGACCCUCUGGCUGCAGGAACUAGAUGGACAAGGUGGUUCCUCUACAUCAUCUGCUUUUAUUGUGAGGGAACAGUUCAAAGAUUUUUUUUAA